AUGCAGAAGGAGAUGGAGAAACGAAGAAUAUGCGAGGCCAAAGGAGGCCAAGCCUUCAUGAAGCACAAAGCUGCCAUGGAGAGUCUUUGGAAGCUCAUGGAGGAGAUCAAAAGUGCCCUGAGUUUGGCCUUGGACACAGCCAUCGAGUGUGAGGCCCUUGAACAGCACGAGCAGAGGUUGACCGAGAGUGUUGCCGAAGCCAUGAAAGAGUUGGAGGAUGUCACCAAGGCCUGUGAUGAAGCCAACAAGUCAUAUGAAGGGCUGGAGGAGCAGGUUUCCCAAGGAAAGGGAGAAAUCAUGAUGCGCAUUCAGGAAACACAGAAGGAGCUGUUAUCUCACUCUACGCCGUACGUCAAGGAACAUAUGAAGAAUGUCGCUGUCAGCAUGGAGUUGUUGGAUCGUGUGACGAAAGAGAAGAAGAAAGAGCUGAGGUGCCUCCAAAAGGAGCACGAUGCGGCUGCCACGGAAGCCGCAGCGCUAGCCAGCAUGGAUCGGGGCAACAAACGCUCACUGAAGCUUGCCACCCGCAACGAAGAGGUGGCUACGCGCCGCGACCUGAUCGACCGUACAAGAGAGGAGUUGGAGCAGUUGGACCAAAAGAAUCGCAAAGCACGCGAGGAGUAUGAUUUCUGCCGCCACUUGCAGCUACACAAUCCACAGCCACAGUUGGAACAUGAGGAGGCAACUCGCUUUGCCCAGGCAGAGGCGGAUCGCUGCUUGGGUAACUUCAAACUUUGGGUCCAGGACCCGGAGGAGUUCGAGGCCGUCCCAGUGAAAACUCAGCUCUCUCCAAAGGCCAAGUCUCCGAGAGAAAAGAAGCAGCAAACAGUUUCGCGGAAGGCGGUCUACAUGGGUGACCCACGCGACCAGCGCUUGGAAUCUCACUUCCUCCCCUUCGGCCAGCAGAGUACACCAAGCCAGGUGAGUGAAGAUCUUUCUGAUCCCGAUUUCUCGAGUCUCGAGGUGGACGGAUGUAGACUAGUAACAAGUGUGGCGGUGAGGCCUCACAUUGAAAUUAAUAAGUAG